AUCAUCACACCUCUCUGUGCUUUCUCUUCUCUCUCAAUAAAAAUUUUCCUUCACUUUCUCUCUAACCAAACGCAAAUAAAGCUAUCAUUCCAUUCACAAGAAACCCAAUUCUUUGAUUUCUUUUUAUGUAUAUCACUUUCUUGUAAAAAUUUAAGAAAAAGGGUCUUAAAGAUUAGUACUUUCUCUUGAAAAUGUGGUCUAACAACAGCAACGACAAGAAUUCUCCGUCAAGGGGAUUCUGGACACCGCCGGCGUCAUGGAGGUCACAACAAUCACCGGAGGUGGUGAUGAUGCCAAUGUCAGAGAGGAAAGAAAGGGUGUCUCAUCCUAAUUGUAAACGUGAUCUUUUUCAUGUUGUUCAUAAAGUUCCUGCUGGUGAUUCUCCUUAUGUUAGAGCCAAACAUGUUCAGUUGAUAGAGAAGGAUCCGAGCAAGGCUGUGUCCCUAUUCUGGGCUGCUAUCAAUGCUGGGGAUAGAGUUGAUAGUGCCUUGAAAGACAUGGCAGUGGUGAUGAAGCAAUUGGAUCGAGCAGAUGAGGCAAUUGAGGCGAUUAAAUCUUUCCGUCAUCUCUGCCCUUGUGAUUCCCAGGAAUCUAUUGACAAUGUGCUAGUUGAACUCUACAAGAGGUCUGGAAGGAUUGAAGAAGAGAUUGAAAUGCUUCAAUGCAAACUGAAGCUCAUUGAAGAAGGUAUUGCUUUUUCUGGCAAGAAGACAAAGACAGCAAGAUCUCAUGGAAGGAAGAUUCAAAUAACUGUUGAGCAGGAAAGAUCAAGAAUACUAGGGAACUUGGCCUGGGCUUACUUGCAGCAUCACGAUUAUGGUUUGGCUGAACAACAUUAUAGGAAAGCGCUCUCUUUGGAGCCAGAUCAGAACAAGCAAUGCAACCUGGCGAUCUGCUUGAUGCACAUGAACAGAAUUCCUGAAGCAAAAUCUCUGCUUCAAACUGUAAAAGCUUUAUCUGGAAGUAAACCAAUGGAUGAUUCAUAUGCUAAAUCUUUUGAGCGUGCUUGUCAGAUCCUGGCUGAAUUUGAGUCACAUUCGAGAGUUAACCCAACUGAACAGAAUGAAGAUCGCCAAAGAUCUUUGACAUUGCCUACCACCAGAAAUUUGAAACAAGUUGCUGGCUCCCCGAAUGGAGAUCCAUACGUUUCUGGAUUCAUAGACUCUAUAAAGUGCACAGGAGGAUUUAAUGAAGAGAGAAUGCUGGCAGAUGAACAGAAUACAAGAUAUUAUUGGCAAAAGCCCUCUGAGAAUGAGAAAAACUUCUUUGUAUACAAUAAUGGGAGUUCUCAUUGCAUAUCAUCUGAACUGAGUGGUCCACAGUCGCCUCUACAAACUGCAGCUGACAAUAGCUGGAGGAGAGGUUCUUAUUUUGAAAGCCCAGUUGAAAGGCUUGGUUUUGUCAGCAAAAUGAAGGAGAAUCGGUUUAGUUUCACAGAAACAGGCCCAGCUUCCACGCAGAAGAAGACAUUUACUUCCCCAGCACUAUUUACACAACCGAGAAGAUGCUCCUUGGGGCUUGAUAAAGGAGAUCAGAUUAAGAUAAGGUGGGGAGAGGAUACAGUUGAGACAAAAAAAGAGAAUGCAAUUCGAAAUCUCUCUGAAGAACUGUUAGGCUUAUCUUAUGAUCGUACAAGCUGGAAAAGAAAUGUUCAGGAAAAUGUUGGCCAAAGGAAAUCUGCAAUGGAAGACAGCAACACAUGUCUAAAGUGUCCGACAGAACAGACCGCCUUUAUUGACAAUGCAGGAGUAUUGAAUGCUUCCACUGAUUGUGACUGGGAUCAAUCAGCAGAUACCUCUGGAAGUAAAUCUCUCGGACAGGACAAAAUACUCAAAUCUCGUUGCAAGAGUUGGGCAGAUAUGGUUGAAGAAGAAGAAGGAGAAGAACAGGAAUUGUUUACUGCAGACCUUGGCCAAGGUUUCAAUAGUUGGAACUAUGAAGAAGCAUCUAAUGAUGAAAAUUUAAAUGCCAACAUAGUUCAUCAAAAUUCUUAUCAAAAGUUUCAGCAGGGAAUAUGUCAAAAACUUGAAGCAGUUGAUCUUCAAGAUGGCACUGGUACCUCUAUGAAUGCUGUUCCGUCAAGGAAUCCAACAGCGCGACGCUCAUUGUCUUAUGAAUCUGCGGAGGAUGCGAAUACAAAGAGGAGAAACAGGUUGCAGGUUUUCCGGGACAUUACUCCUACUCUGGAUAGUCCAUGAGCUUGAAUCAAAAUAUGUCAGCUGUGAAUAUAAUUCAAUAAUGUUUGAGUGUUUGAACUGCAGUUGAUCUUCAAGAUGGCACUGGUACCUCCAUGAAUGCUAUUUCGUCAAGGAAUCCAACAGCAUGACGCUCAUUGUCUUAUGAAUCCGCAGAGGAUGUGAAUACAAAGAGGAGAAACAGGUUGCAGGUUUUCCGGGACAUUACUCCUACUCAGGAUAGUUAAUGAGCUUGAAUCAAAAUAUUUCAGAUGUGAAUAUAAUUCGAUAAUGCUUGAGUGUUUGAACUGCAGUGAUCAAAAUCAAAGUAAUAUUGAGUGUUUAUUCUUUUUCCUA